GGUGCAGCAAUAUUCAUAUCCGGCCCUUUCUACUUCAAUGCUAUACCAAACAGCUGCUGAAUCUCUCCAUCAGAUGACAUUCCAACAAUUGAAUGAAUAUGAGCAGCAGCAUCACCGACAAAUACGUCCUCUUCAGUGUUUGUGAAUAACCCAAAGGAAAACUCUGUAUUCAUGCUGAAGAAAAGGAUAGAAUUGUUGUUAACGAUCAAUCGAGAAAUUAUCCGUUUAUUCCUUGCACAACAAAAUCACUGUAAGGACAACUCUAUCAGCGAACCAGACUUCUCAAUUUAUGCAUCAAGAUUGCAAUCGAAUCUGACUUAUUUGGCAACUCUAGCUGACCUUUCAGCACAGACGAGACCUCAUGAAAUUCUUUCAAGACUGCAACAUCUGACUCCUCCAGAUAUUACACCAUUACCUUAUGUAUUCACACCGAUUGGUCAAAAGCUCGUCUCAUUAUACAAGGAAAUAAGAUGCCUAUUUUAUGAAGAAGAAAUCUUCUCAAAUAAUCUUGACUGUAUCGAUAUUGCCCAACAACAAAUCGUCAGUUAUGAUGCCGCUACAUAUAACGAUCCGUUACAUGUAAGACCCUUACCAAAGGGUAACAUAAACAUGUUACAGCCAUUGAAUAUGAUGCUUCAUCAGCAGAAUAGUAGCAACCUGUGGAUGAUACCCUAUGAAAUGCCAUAUGUCGGUAAUGACACGAGCAACGCUAAUUUAUUCCCUAUCGUAGAUCACCCCUUCCUUCCCUUCAAUUAGCUGACUAAUUCAAUAGUAGAAAAGUUUUAGUUUCCGUCUGAAGCAGCAGCAAAUUUCAAAGAAGAGGUAGCAUGAAAUUUUUUU